AUGCGCGGGGCCUGGCGUGGGGCGCUGGCACUUGGGAGCGCCGCGCUCCGCGUGCUGGGCGAGUUGCCCUGGCGCCGGGCCAUGGCGCACUUUUUCAGCCACACGGAGGGGCAGCGGAACGUCUUCCAGGUCAGCGGCGCAGUGGCGGCCAUGAAAUUCCGCUGGCGAGGCGCAGCCGCGCUCCUCCACGGCAGCAGGGACCGUGGCAUCUCGCAGACUGUGGUCAGUUGUGGGGCGCUUUCUGCCUACGGCGCGUGGGAAUUCGCGCUGCUGCAGCUUCGGUGGAUGCCGUUGCACCGACUGGCAGUCGACGCCUUUGGUGCUGCCCGUCGCAUUGGUGCCAUGCGCACCUGGCGCAAAGCCGCCGCGGCCUUCGAGACGAGCAAGCUGGAAGUGGCAACCGGGGUGGUGGGGAAGAACUUGCUGCUGAGCGCCCUGGAAAAGGUCUGGCCUCGGGCAAUGUUGGUGCUUCGGACCGGCGUCCGCGCCAACGUGGUGAGCUUCAACUGUGCGCUGAGCGGCCUAGAGAAGGCAGGCUACUGGCGCCGGGCCUUGCCCUUGCUGGACUCACUGGCGACAGUCACGAUCUCGCCGGACAUGGUGAGCUGCAGCGCUGCCAUUUCGGCCUGCGAGCAGCAAGGAAAGUGGCGGCAGGCGCAGCAGCUCUUAGCGCGCGAGGCCUCUGCGUCAGCCUGCGCAGGGGCCAUGAGCGCAGCAGAGAAGGCUGCUCAGUGGCGACCCGCACUGCAGCUGUUGCGAAGGCUGCCGUUGCUCUCCUUCCGGCGGGACCUCGUAGCCUUCAACGCCGCCCUUUGCGCCGCGCAGCGCGGUGCCCGCAAUGGCGCGUGGCAGGCGGGGCUGGACCUCUUCAAAGCCAUGGCACAGGUGCGAGUAGAGGCAGACAUCGUCUCGCUGAACAGCGCCUGCCUUUGCGCGGGCUCCUGCCGCGAGGGUCAGGUGACACUGGAGCUGCUGCGGGAGGCGGAGACUGGCCUUCGGAAAGCCGCAGGCGUGCUGAAAGGCCGCCAGAUGGCUUGA